UCCCGUGCCUUCGCUUUGCUCGUCUCACCGGGCCCCACCACAGCCACAAAAAGCCAAAACAUUCUUCGCCCUUCGUCGUCGCCGCCGCCGUCGCUUUGCGUCCUCUUCCCGCGCGCUCCGAACCGGCGUACCUCGCCGCCGCCGAGGGAGAUUCGCCUCCUCCCGGCGCGGGCCGGCGGUCUCGAUUUGGGAGGAGGAAGGAGAAGCGGGGCGGCGGGCAAGAUGAGGCUGCUGCGUGUCGCCACGUGCAACCUCAACCAGUGGGCGAUGGACUUCGACACCAACCUCCGCAACGUCAAGGAGUCCAUCGCCCGCGCCAAGGCCGCCGGCGCCGCCGUCCGCGUCGGCCCCGAGCUCGAGCUCACCGGCUACGGCUGCGAGGACCACUUCCUCGAGCAGGACACCACCGCGCACGCAUGGGAGUGCUUAAAGGACAUUUUAACUGGGGACUAUACAGACAACAUCUUAUGCAGCAUAGGAAUGCCAGUUAUUUUCAAUAGUGUACGGUAUAAUUGCCAGGUCUUCUGCCUAAAUCGCAAGAUAAUCAUGAUUCGACCAAAGAUGUCCCUUGCAAAUGAUGGAAAUUAUAGGGAAUUUCGGUGGUUUUCUGCUUGGACAUUUAAAGAUGAGAUUGUUGAGUUUCAACUCCCAAUUGAAGUCUCAGAGGCUAUAUCCCAGGAUACUGUACCUUUUGGUUAUGGUUACAUGCAGUUUUUAGAUGUAUCUUUGGCUGCUGAAACCUGCGAAGAGCUCUUUACAGCAAAUGCUCCUCGGAUUGACUUAGCAUUGAAUGGUGUUGAGGUUUUCAUGAAUGCAAGUGGAAGCCACCAUCAGCUGAGGAAGCUCAAUCUUCGGAUUGAUUCCAUAAGGAAUGCAACCCAAACAUGUGGUGGUGUUUACAUGUAUGCUAAUCAGCAGGGAUGUGAUGGUGGCCGCCUUUAUUAUGAUGGUUGCUGCUGCAUUGCGGUAAAUGGUGAUUUGGUAGCCCAGGGAUCUCAAUUCUCAUUAAAGGAUGUUGAAGUGAUGGAUGCCCUGGUGGAUCUUGAUGCUGUAUCGAGUUAUCGAGCAUCUGUUUCUAGUUUCAGGGAGCAAGCAAGCCACAGAACAAAUGUACCUUAUGUGAAGGUACCAUAUAAGCUUUGCCAAUCAUUUCGGAAUGGAAUGGUUCCAACAAGUCCAGUUCAGAUUAUGUAUCACUGUCCUGAAGAGGAGAUUGCUUUUGGACCUAGUUGUUGGUUAUGGGAUUAUUUAAGGAGGAGUCAAGCAUCAGGAUUUUUGCUUCCACUUUCUGGUGGUGCGGAUAGUUCAUCUGUUGCAGCAAUAGUCGGGUGCAUGUGCCAGCUUGUCAUAAAAGAUAUAGAGAAAGGAGAUGAGCAAGUUAAGGCAGAUGCUCUGCGGAUUGGGCAGUAUAAAGAUGGGGAGAUUCCCACAGACAGCAGAGAACUGGCUAAACGUCUAUUUUACACUGUUUACAUGGGAACUGAAAACAGUUCUGAAGAUACCAGAUCACGUGCCAAAAGGCUAGCUGAGGAGAUUGGUUCAUUCCACUUUGACGUACCCAUUGAUAGUAUAGUAUCUGCCUUUCUUUCCUUGUUUGAAAGAUUGACUGGGAAGCGACCACGCUACAAGGUUGAUGGGGGAUCAAAUACUGAGAAUCUGGGAUUGCAAAAUAUUCAAGCUCGAAUCAGGAUGGUUCUAGCCUUUAUGAUGGCUUCUCUUAUGCCAUGGGUCCACAACAAAUCUGGGUUCUAUCUUGUUCUGGGAAGCUCGAAUGUUGAUGAAGGGUUACGUGGUUAUUUGACAAAGUAUGACUGCAGCUCGGCUGAUAUAAACCCCAUCGGCAGUGUUAGUAAGCAAGACCUGAGGGCUUUUUUACGGUGGGCAGCAAUCCAUCUUAAGUACUCUUCAUUGGCUGAGGUUGAAUCUGCACCACCUACUGCAGAGCUUGAGCCAAUACGUGCAAACUACAAUCAGUUGGAUGAAGUGGACAUGGGAAUGACAUAUGAGGAGUUGUCAGUGUAUGGCAGGUUAAGGAAAAUUUUCCGAUGUGGUCCUGUUUCAAUGUUUCAGAAUCUGUGCCACAGUUGGUGUGGGAGAUUAUCUCCCUCUGAAGUGGCUGACAAAGUGAAGCACUUCUUCAAAUACUAUUCCAUAAAUCGGCAUAAGAUGACUGUUUUGACACCAUCUUAUCAUGCUGAGAGUUAUUCACCAGAGGAUAACAGGUUUGACCUUCGCCAAUUUCUAUACAACUCAAGGUGGCCCUACCAGUUUCGGAAGAUCAAUGAGCUCGCGCAAGAGAUGGACAAAGAUGGCAAAUGGGAAACUCGUGCAGAAGGGCAGGCGACAGAACAGGGUGUGCAAGGAAGUGGAAUGGGAGUUGUGGCGGCAGGAGCCGCCAAUCCCAGUGUUGGGUUCUAAAGAGAACCUUACUAACACAUGAAAGUUGGCUCCUCAAGAAUAAUGCACCUCCACCCAAGACGAGCUACUGAUGUAAAUUUGUCUGUUUGCUUCCCUUGUAUUGCAUUCUCUCUGCCAAGUAUAAGAGAGCUGAAGUUGUUCUGGUAGCACAAAUUGAGCCAAUGAUGCAAAAUGUAGGCUCUGUAACACGGCGUGGCAACUAAAGUAAAUGUGAAAAUAAGAUUAGAAUCCUUUUACUAAUCAAAUUGUUCGACCUGAAGUGAACAGAAAAGAAUAUGACUGUAAGGAUCAGCUAAAACUAAACUAACAUUUCGUCCUUUGUGUAAGUGCCCUUUCUAAUUGCAAAGUGUGUUUGGUGUUAA